AUGAUACCAUUACUUUUUCUUGCAUCCCUCUUGGCGCUACCUGCGGAUACAUUUGGAGCACCUACAAAUGUGGUUCCGGUUUCUGGUCAGGCCAUCUCCCUUUUAAGAAGGAAUGAACCUCGAGAUGUCACCGAACGGGGCGCUUUGGCGAGGAGUCAGAGGGACAAUUUGAUAGCAAAGUAUGGCGGCCUGACAAAACGGAGAAGAAGCGAAGGUUAUAACCUGAUCACUGAUCAGGGCUAUGAUUCCAGCUACUAUGGCUCAUUGGCUAUUGGCACCCCUGCGGUGUCGUUUGAUGUCAUAUUAGACACGGGCUCUUCCGAUCUCUGGGUCGCUAGUUCUUCCUGUGGCACUUCAUGCGGGUCGAUUGCUACAUACAACCCAUCAUCUUCAUCAACUUUCCAGAAUCUUUCUACGCCAUUCUCUAUAGUGUACGGCUCAGGUUCUGCGGAGGGCUAUGUUGCACAGGACACAGUGCAAAUGGCGGGAUUCUCCGUUUCCAGCCAAGGCUUUGCUGUUGUGGACGCGGUGUCGCAAAGUUUGCUGACAUCACCAGUCUCUGGCUUGCUUGGUCUGGCAUGGGAAACCCUAGCAACUUCAGGUCAGAUGCCCUUGUGGCAGAGUUUGGCGUCCAAUAGUGCUUGGGACUCAGCUCUCUUUGCUGUUCAACUCACUCGGUAUACAAAUGAUUCUAGCGCCCAGGAUCUUGAGCCCGGAGGAGUCAUUAAUAUGGGUUACACAAACAGUAGUUUGUACACCGGCUCAAUCGAUUACAUCGAUAUCCCCGGAACUCCCUCAUAUUGGUAUAUACCAUUGACUUCAAUGACUGUGCAAGGCAACUCAAUAACUAUUGCUUCAGGAACAACUGUUGCUAUUGAUACUGGCACGACCAACAUAGGUGGUCCGGCCAGCUCAAUUGAAGCAAUCUAUGCACAGAUUCCCAACUCACAGCCAGCCACAGGUGAAUGGGAAGGAUAUUACAGUUAUCCAUGCUCGACGACUGUAAACGUAGAGGUGUCGUUCGGUGGCAAUACCUGGUCGAUAAGCCCGGCAGAUUUUGCCUACACCCAAACCAGCUCAACAGAAUGCAUUGGCGCAUUCUUUGAAACAAGUACUGGUACUGGGAUUCCCUCUUGGAUCUUCGGCGAUGCUUUCCUGAAAAAUGUGUAUUCUGUCUUCCGCUACAACCCCGCUUCGAUUGGUUUCGCCAAUCUUUCAAGUGUUGCACUUGCUGAAAAUGGUGCGGGAGGCACUGUCCCUUCCGCAACCAUUGGUACAGUAUCUGCAGCAGUCACCAACACAAGUGAUGCCCCGCGUAGACAUGCACUGAGUGCAUCAUUGUCUACUCUUCUCUUCCUGGUCUUCUCAGCAGUGUUCCUCCUUUAA